UCACGUGGCUGCGUGAUGGUUUCAGGAGCUGGACGGACUCGUGGAAAUAAACCGAAUGACCCACAAAUUGCUGAGCAAGUUCAUGGCCCUGGACAGCUUCGACGCCAUGUUCCGCGAGGCCAAUCACAACGUGUCCGCGCCUUACGGGAGAAUCACGCUGCACGUCUUCUGGGAGCUCAACUACGACUUCCUGCCGAAUUACUGUUACAACGGAUCCACCAACAGAUUUGUUCGGACGGUGCUGCCGUUUUCUCAAGAGUUUCAGAGGGAUAAACAGCCUAAUGCCCAGCCCCAGUAUCUCCAUGGAUCAAAGGCUCUGAACUUGGCUUAUUCCAGCAUUUACGGCAACUACAGGAAUUUCGUGGGGCCGCCCCACUUCAAGGUGAUAUGCCGGCUUCUGGGCUACCAGGGCAUCGCCGUGGUGAUGGAGGAGCUACUCAAGGUGGUGAAGAGCCUGCUGCAAGGCACCAUCCUGCAGUACGUGAAGACGCUGAUGGAAGUCAUGCCCAAGAUAUGCCGUCUUCCCCGGCACGAAUACGGCUCUCCGGGGAUUCUGGAAUUCUUCCACCACCAGUUGAAGGACAUCGUGGAAUACGCGGAGCUGAAGACGGUGUGUUUCCAGAAUUUACGGGAGGUGGGGAACGCCGUCCUCUUCUGCCUCCUCAUUGAGCAGAGUCUGUCUUUGGAAGAGGUCUGCGACUUGCUGCACGCGGCUCCUUUCCAGAACAUCCUCCCCAGGGUUCACGUCAAAGAGGGCGAGAGACUGGAUGCCAAAAUGAAGAGACUGGAGUCUAAAUACGCUCCCCUCCACCUUGUUCCUCUUAUUGAGAGACUAGGAACACCGCAGCAAAUCGCCAUAGCGAGAGAAGGGGACCUGCUGACCAAGGAGCGCCUCUGCUGCGGCCUGUCCAUGUUCGAGGUGAUCCUGACCCGCAUCCGGACCUUCCUGGAUGAUCCCAUCUGGCGGGGGCCCCUGCCCAGCAACGGCGUCAUGCACGUGGAUGAGUGCGUGGAGUUCCACCGGCUCUGGAGCGCCAUGCAGUUCGUGUACUGCAUCCCGGUGGGAACGCACGAGUUCACCGUGGAGCAGUGUUUCGGAGAUGGGCUGCACUGGGCCGGCUGUAUGAUUAUCGUGCUCCUGGGACAGCAGCGGCGCUUCGAUGUGUUGGAUUUCUGCUACCAUUUGCUCAAAGUCCAGAAGCACGACGGCAAGGAUGAAGUCAUCAAGAGCGUGCCUUUGAAGAAGAUGGUGGAGAGGAUCCGUAAGUUCCAGAUCCUGAACGAUGAGAUUAUCACCAUCCUGGACAAGUAUCUGAAAUCCGGAGAUGGAGAGAGCACUCCCGUGGAGCACGUCCGCUGUUUUCAACCCCCCAUCCACCAGUCUCUGGCCAGCAAUUAACUGCGUAUCUCCUGACGGCCCCGGCCCCUCCGUACUCGGUAAUUCAGCAAGCUCUCGGACUAGUUCGCUAGAAUUUUUAAAAACGCUUCCCAGUACUUUCUGCGCCCGUUGAGGAGGCGGCGCGGCCUCGUCUUCGGGCGAAAAGCGUAAUUUUAUAUAACCCGUACUUAUUUUUAUAGACUAAAUUUUUACACUUUGGGGGGAUUGGCCGUUGGGCCAUCGGAGGGAUCCGGCAGCUGGCUCUCUGGUGGUCGCUGAACGGCCUUAUUGCCGGAUCACCCGGAGAAUACAGCGCAAGGCAAAGGGAAUAUUAGGGUUAAAGUAGAAACCGCUCGUAUUUUACCUAAUUGCGGAUUAUAUGGAAACCGUUAAGGGCUUUUUUCAUAGCUUUGAGAGACUUUCCGCGGGUGUUUUGUGAAUGAUCCUCCCCGUCCUUAAUCGUCGUUGCUUUGUACACGUCAGUGUAACACGGUAAAAGAAUCGCCAGUUGAUUCAGCUAUAUUAAAAUAGAGUGCGUGAGAAAGACUCGGAGCAAAGCCUGGCUAAUAAAGCUUUUAUCAAUCCAGA